CUGGCGCGGCCUCCAGCAGCGGGGAGCGGGCUCAAUCCUAUGCGGUCGGCGGGUUUGGCAGCGGCGCCGGCGGGAUGGCGGGGGCGACGGUGGCGGGCAUCAGGGCUAGCCUCCCGUUCUGGAGCGCCAAGGCGUACGCCCCGGCCCGGGCCUCUGGUGAUACCAUCAUUGGAGCAGCCAACCCUGCGGCCGCCCCCACCGCUGGCGGCGUGGCUGCGGCGCAGGCCAGCGGCCGUCCCGCAGGGACGCCCGCCACGGCACCAGCCUCACCGCCCAUGUACCACGGAGGGUUUGGCGGGCGGUCGGUCACCCCUGGGCGCGGCGGCUAUGGCGGGGCGCCGGGCUUCAACCCAGCAGCGCCGGCCGGCGAGCCGCCGGCGCUGACGCUCCACUCGCUGAAGCCGCCCGCGAGAUACG